AUGAAGGCAUCCGGCUAUCUCCUGUUGAGCGCGCUCGUCGCUGCUUCCGCCGCUUCAGCCGCCCAGCAUCAGUUACGAGCCCUUCCAGAUCACCAUGCACACCUCGUUGCGCGAUCGCCUCAACCCACACCUCUUGGCCCUGGUUUUAGCUUCGGCGGCGGUAGUAGCGGCGACUCCUCGGACUCUGGCGCGGCUGCCGCCACGAGCGCUUCCAACUCGGUCGAUCCCUUUGGAAUCGCCUCGUCGAGAUCUGCUGCGGCUGCCUCUUCUUCCUCUGCUGCCGCUGCUUCCUCCUCGGCUGCCGCCGCUGCUUCCUCUUCUUCGGCUGCCGCCGCUGCUUCAGCCUCCGCUUCGGCUGCCGCCGCUGAAUCGUCCUCCAUCGCUGCGCACGCUGCCUCGUCGGCAGCGGCAUCCAUCUCGAGCGCCUCCGCUGCGGCUGCAUCAUCGUCUUCGGCUGCCGCGUCACGCUCUUUGGCCUCAGCUGCUUCGGCUAGUCUUGCCUCGACUUCCUCAGCGGCGCUUACCACCUCGACCGGUCUCACCACCACGCUAACUGCCACCGUCGUCGCCUCCGCCACUUCGGGCGCUCCUUCUACCACGGCCGUCAAAGAGUCGAGCUCCGGCAGCAAAUCCGGAGGUGCCAGCACGGGUCUCAUCAUCGGUGUCUCGGUGGCGGGCGGUGUCAUUGUCCUUAUUGCGUUCAUCUUCCUCUACUUCAAAUUCGGCACGCGCAGGUUUAGCAACUUUGACGAUGGCGAUGCCGACAUCAAGUGGCCCGAGCUGAAGCAUGAUCCGGAUUCCAAUGUGAUGCAACCUCUUCCUGCGCGUCGAACAGGACGUGCUGGAUUUGGGAUGGGCGACGACGACUCGGACAACGAAGGUGGUGAACACGAUGGUAACGGCGCUGACGGUGUGGGUGAGAAGGGCAGAGACAGCUUUUCUGGUUCUACUACAGCCCUUGCUGCCGCACCGCCUGCUGGAUACGGUGUCAACGACUAUCAGCCGGGAAUGGAGCAUGGAUACGGCGUGGAUCCAGCAGCGGGGUACUACCAGGACCACCACAUGUACGGAGCUCAUCAGUACGCUAUGCAGACGUCGCCAGGUGCUCCGGGCGGCGCGUUCCCGGAUAGCAGUGCCAACCCAUACGGCGUCGACCCUUAUGCGCAUGCUGGCAUGUCGCACCCGCAACAGCAACCCCAAUACCCGCAUGGUCACUACCAGUGA